AUGUCUCAAACUACUCAGUACUCACAUUCCUGCAGAUGUGGAUCUAAUACACACAUAAGAACAAUGCACAGAGAUUGUCCAUUGAAUAGUGCAGUAUCAUAUGUACAAGCUCAAAACUAUUAUUGCCCAAGUUGUGAAUUAACAGGACACAGGCAAUCAACUCAUUGCAGCUGCCCUAAUAAUGCAAUCAACAUCAAUGAGAAUAUGAGCACAAAUAACGAAGAGAGAAUAAAAGAGGACACUUCUUCCCGCGUUGUUCAGAGUGUACCUGAACAGACAGUAAUUGGAACGUGCACUUGCUCAAGCUGUGGCUCAAAUACACAUUUAAGAAUAAGUCACCAUGAUUGUCCUUUUAAUCCCAAGAGAGUCAAUGGAAUGAACGAAAAUAUCUCUGCUACUUUACAGUAUAGAAUUGCUCGCAUGGUCCCAUUUAUCCCUGAAAACAUUAUUGGGCCAAACAUUUGUUUACAUGAGGGAGACCAAUAUCGUAGACAUGUUUUCCCACCAAUGGAACGUACAUGUCUUUAUUGUAAUGCCCGUAUGUGGAUUGAUGAGUGUCUACAAGCAAGUAGCUCAACAAGCCCAAGGUUUGGAUUGUGCUGUUCUAAUAGAAAAAUUACUGUUCCAUUACCUCUUGUACCACCACAAGCAUUAUUGGAUUUUGUAACAAACUAUGAUCAAUCCAACCAACAAGCUGAAAACUUUCAUACAAACAUUAGAGCUUUCAAUAAUGCUUUUGCAUUUGCUUCAAUCAAGGCAAAUGUUGACAAAAAUUUAGCCAGUGGAAGAAAUGGUGUUUUCACAUUCUGUAUAAAUGGUACAAUGUACCAUAAUAUUGGCUCACUUCGUUCUCAAGAUCCUACUACUGCAUGA